UUUAAGCAUGAUCGUUAGCAUCCGACCUCUUGUUUAAGUUGAAGUAUGACAAAGAAAUAGUCCUCAUGGUCGAUAUGGCUAUAUAAAUGGGCAAAGCAGAGGCCCCCAACACCAACAACAAGAGCAAACCUGGAAGCCGCAAUCAUGGCCCUCCCAAACCCAAACAGCGCUGGCGAAGCAUCCGGUGUCGCAAAUUCGGAGGCCUUCCUCCAUCAGUCGUACCUCACAUACAUCAUUCCAUUUGCAACCAAAUUCAACCCUGAGAAGGCUUUCCACCAAGGCGCGGGCUCGGUGGAGAUCAACAUCUCCAGCAUUGAGCAACGCGACCGUCUGUUCUUUGAUGAAACGGUCGACGUAUACUUCAUACUCCGCGCCCCAUACGUCGACGACGACACGCUCCGCUCACAUCUGCGCCGCCUCGUCAUCGCCCUUGAUGCUCAUGUCGUAAACGGCGUUGCCUCUGACCGGGACGGUACCCCUCCCGCUUCCGAAAUCGUAUACAACGGCGAAGUCGAGCAUGUCGAGGAAGCAUUUGUGGUGGUGGGCGAGCCGCAGGAAGAAGGCCAGAGGCAUGCCUAUGCUGUCUGGAAGCUUCCCGUGUUCCUGGGCCGUCCCAGGAUCAGGCUACAACUACCAUCAGUUGUAUUCUCAGGCGUCGCGAGCCUCAGGAUAAACGCUGCGGCUUCUGACCAGGCCGCCGCGUCAAGCGGCGGGUACAUGCCGAGCUGUAUGCCGUCCGGGAUGAAUUUGUUAGAGUCGUUUGCGAACGACCCGUUGUUAGGCGGUGUUGCUCCUCGGUUAUCCGCUCAAAGGGUAUCGAAGGUCGCGCCCCUGACAAAACCCAAGGAUGCACUCCAUCGAAUCAACGGUCUACAAACGCUCAAGCUCAAGAUCUAUCCAGUCCUUCACACUCGCAUCCGUCUCUCCCGGCCCAAUACGAUUACCCCGAGCGCCUCACUAAUUGCGUUGCUGGAAGUCGACUUCACGCCCUAUUUCGACUGCGAAGCCAUCCUAGACAAGCUUACCCUCAGCGUCACAGACGGCACAGCGGAGGAUCUCAGCCCCAAAGAGGGCAUGAGCCUGCCGCUAAGCUGCGUCGCUCACGAUCACCUCACCUUCCUAUACAAGCUUGCCCCGCAACAGCGGGACAUCGUCAGCAGGACCCUUGCCCGCGACCUCCUCAUCACCCUCGAAGUCCUCGUCCUCGUCCGCCCAGACGGCGAACCAAACCGAUGCACCCCCCGCCUGGCCAUGACAUGGACCACCGCCCUCGACUUCACGUCCCCAGUCAACCCGGGCUUCGGCCAGCCCAAGACGACACCAAUCCAGCGCUCGCACCGACCAAGCCAGCUCUCCAUCAGCGGCGGCGUCGACUCGCAACCGCUCGUCUCGCCCUCCGUCAUCCGCCCAGACGCCCUCCCCGCCCUGGAAGCAGCCACCGCGCCGGGCCCCGUGCCCGCCCUCCCAGAUUUUGGCAUCACCAUGACCUUCACCGGCCCGACCCGCCCCGUCCGUCUCGGCGACGAGUUUGCCUGGACCGUUUUCGUCGUCAACCGCAGCAACAAGGCUGUCGACAACAUCAUCAUGCCCCCGACCCCGUCCGCCCCGGCGUCGGUGCUGGCGCAGCACGCUGUCGCGACGGCGGCGCGCAAGCUGAUGCUGGUGCCCAUCCCGCGGCGACGACGCAACGAGCUGCGCGUCAUCCGCCCGCCCUCGACGGCGACGGCAACGGGGGCGGGCUCUUCCUCCACCACCAAGAAUCAGAAUCAGAAUCAGACAGCGGGGGACGACCCGCCGAUUGCCGACGCCGUGCUCGACGAGACCGUGGUGCACACCAUGCAGCACAGCAGCGUCGUCGACGCGGCCGAGCUGGCGUGCCUGUCGGCCGACGUGCGGAUCGGCCCGCUGGCGCCCAACGGGUGUGCCGUGGCGGAGCUACGGUUCCUGGCGCUGCGGGAGGGAGUCGUGGGCCUCGAGGCGGUGAGGGUCGUGGACCUGGGGAGCCAGGAGCAUGUCGAUGUGAGGGAGCUGCCGCUAGUGGUUGUCACGAGGGGGAAAAUACAAAAUUAGCCAGGUAUAACGGGGGUUUGAUGGGGGAGGGGAGGCGGGGUUGGAAUACUAAUCGUAGGAACUGGCGAAAACACCAUAAUGGUUAUCCCGACAAACGGCUCCUGCCUGAACAGGAAAGUGUUGUAUUGAUUAUCGCUUUCCGCAUGUCGUCGACGCAGGGCGUGUGGAUGCUAAAAACAGCUGCCUUUCAGUGUCUUCCUCUUUUGAUAUGGUCUCUAUUCAUGCCGCUGCUGUCUCCGUGGUAUCACGAUGCCAGUACCCUAGAAUACCUUACAUGAUGUCCGCAGCCUUGCGAUUCCAAACAAGCAACGCCAAGAAGCACGCUCGCUAUUCUCAUGUCUUAUCCUUCG